GGUUUGGGUUUGGGUUAUCACCGGGUUGGCGUCUUUCUGUGCCAUAUAGAUCUUUCUUGUCGUAAAGAGCGCAGAUCACGAUCUCUUCUGGUCUUCUUCCUUCUCAUAGAUCCGACUCAUCUCUCUCCGAAAACCCAGCAUUUUCUCUCUCAACCCCUAGAACCCAACUCCGAUGUUGGCGACUGUUCCUUAGGUCUCGGAGCAGCCUCUCUCUUUCUCCUGCGAUUGGAGUAUGGAUCUUCUUCUUUUAUUGAGUCACAUAUUCUAAAUCCUAAAAUAUACAGCACAAUUUUAGACUUGUUGAUCACUGGAUUGGUUGAACGAGAUGGCUGAGGUCGCAACUAGCAAAGUGGGUCAAUCUUAUGAUGAAACACUAGAGUCCCAGAAAUCUAUAUUUGAUAUGGGAGCCUUCGUUGGGGAUUUAACUGUUGAGGAGGAUGCAACCAGUGAUGACAUAUCAUUCGAAGGACUACAACAAGAGUUGGAAGAAUGUAAAAGUGAUGAUGUAGUUGCAAACAUACUGUCAAAGGGUACAAAAUUACGGGAGUACACAAAAGGUGUUGAAAACAAUUUGCGGCAAGUUGAAUUGGAUUCGAUUCAGGAUUACAUAAAAGAAAGUGAUAAUCUAGUCUCGCUUCAUGAUCAAAUUCGCGAUUGUGACAGCAUCCUGUCACAAAUGGAAACCCUACUCAGUGGAUUUCAGGCUGAGAUUGGCUCCAUAAGUUCGGACAUAAAAAUUCUUCAGGAGAAAUCUAUGGAUAUGGGCCUGAAGCUGAAAAAUCGCAAGGUAGCAGAAUCAAAAUUGGCAAAGUUUGUUGAAGAUAUUAUUGUCCCUCCAAGGAUGAUUGACAUAAUUGUUGAUGGAGAGGUUAAUGAUGAAUAUAUGAGAACUCUUGAGAUUCUGAGUAAGAAGCUGAAGUUUGUUGAAGUGGAUCCUAUGGUUAAAACUUCAAAAGCUCUAAAAGAUGUUCAGCCUGAGCUAGAAAGACUUCGUCAGAAAGCUGUCUCAAAGGUGUUUGAGUUCAUUGUUCAGAAGCUCUAUGCACUUAGAAAACCCAAAACAAAUAUCCAGAUCCUUCAACAGAGUGUUCUUCUAAAAUACAAGUACAUUAUAUCCUUUCUGAAGGAACAUGGAAAGGAGAUAUAUACUGAGGUUCGUGCAGCAUACAUUGACACAAUGAACAAGGUUCUAAGUGCACAUUUCCGUGCUUAUAUUCAAGCGUUGGAGAAAUUGCAAUUGGAUAUAGCAACAUCUAAUGAUUUGAUUGGUGUUGAGACCAGAAGCACUAGUCUUUUCUCAAGAGGAAGAGAACCUUUGAAGAACCGGUCUGCUGUUUUUGCUCUGGGAGAGAGAAAUAAAAUUCUAAAGGAAAUUGAGGAGCCUGCAUUGAUUCCACAUAUAGCAGAAGCUAGCUCCCGCAAAUAUCCUUAUGAAGUCCUAUUCAGGAGCUUGCACAAACUGCUUAUGGAUACUGCUGCUUCCGAGUAUCUUUUCUGCGACAAUUUCUUUGGGGAAGAAUCUAUAUUUUAUGAAAUAUUUGCAGGUCCAUUUGUGGUAAUCGAUGAACAUUUCAAUUCAAUUCUUCCAAAUUGUUAUGAUGCAAUAGGAGUAAUGCUUAUGAUCCGCAUCAUACACCAGCACCAGCUUAUUAUGUCUCGGCGGCGGAUUCCAUGCCUGGAUUCAUAUUUAGACAAGGUCAACAUCUCUCUUUGGCCUCGUUUCAAGAUGGUGUUUGACAUGCACCUCAAUAGCCUGCGCAAUGCAAAUGUGAAGACGUUGUGGGAAGAUGAUGUUCAUCCACACUAUGUCAUGAGGCGCUAUUCUGAGUUUACAGCAUCACUUAUUCACCUUAAUGUUGAAUAUGGAGAUUGUCAGCUUGAGUUGAACUUGGAAAGACUGAGAAUGGCUGUUGACGACUUGCUUGUCAAGCUUGCAAAAACAUUCCCGAAACCAAAACUGCAGACUGUGUUUUUAAUUAACAACUAUGAUAUGACAAUUGCUGUGUUGAAGGAAGCUGGUCCAGAAGGUGGAAAGAUUCAACUACACUUUGAAGAACUGCUGAAGAACAACACAGCAAUAUUUGUGGAAGAACUACUGCUUGAACAUUUUAGUGAUCUCAUCAAGUUUGUAAAGACGAGAGCUUCGGAGGACCCAAGCUCUGGCUCUGAGAGACCAAUAACUGUGUCUGAAGUGGAGCCACUUGUAAAGGACUUUGCGAGCAGAUGGAAAGCCGCAAUAGAGAUGAUGCACAAUGAUGUCAUUACUUCUUUCAGCAACUUCCUGUGUGGAAUGGAGAUCUUAAGAGCUGCAUUGACUCAACUGCUGCUUUAUUAUACCAGACUCUCAGAUUGCAUAAAGAGGAUUGUUGGUGGGUCUGCACUAAACAAAGAUCUUGUUUCAAUAUCUUCAAUAAUGUAUGAAAUCAGGAAAUACUCGAGGACUUUUUAGAUCAUUGAUUUGUGACACUUGUAUCUUUGAAGAUUACUCACAGUUUGUUUCUUGAAGAAGGUUCUUAAUAUGGAAAAAGCACAGGAAUCAAGUUUUAUUUGUUAUGCAUUCUAAAAGGGGGGGAAUUUUGAUGAGCGAUUAUCCGAUAAAUUUGAGAUUUUUUUUGGUGUGUGUGGAUGCUUAAAUUUGUAUGCAAUAAAAUGGUAUCGUAGUCUUGCAGAUGCC